AUGUACCAAGGGGAAUGGAAACCCUUUGGGAAUGGACUCGGUCGAGCUAGGCAAACUCGACCGAUUGGUCAAGGAGAUGCUCCAAACCGCCACCAACAGAGACAAGGGAUUGUUCCACCACCAGUGCAGAACCACAACUUUGAGAUCAAGCUGGGAAUGAUCAACCUUGUCCAGAACAAGAUGUUCCAUGGAUUGCCAAGUGAAGACCCCAUUGACCACCUUGAUGAGUUUGAUAGGCUUUGUGAUUUGACAAAGAUCAAUGGUGUCUCUGAAGAUGCCAUCAAGCUGAGACUCUUUCCUAUGUCUCUAGCUGACAAAGCUCACCAAUGGGAGAAGAGCUUGCCCCAUGGCACAAUCACCACUUGGGAUGAAUGCAAGAAGGCCUUUCUUGCUAAAUUUUUCUCCACCGGUCGCACAGCCAAGCUUAGAGGAGAGAUAUCCAGCUUCAUCCAGCGAAACAAUGAGACAUUCGCAGAGGCUUGGGAGAGGUUCAAAGGGCUACACAAGUCAGUGCCCACACCAUGGAUUCAACAAUGA